UCCAUCAUCAAGCCAAUUCCAAAUCCCACUACAUCAUCCUAUCUGCCAUUUUCUCAACUCUCACCGAAUCUUCACUCCGGCCGGCCAUAUUGAGAAUGGCUCCUCCAAGCCUUCUCGGUCCGCCAGAGCUCUACAACAACACAACCCCAUCACAAAAGUCUCAAGUCAGCACAGGUGACGGAGACUCCUUUGCGGAUCUCUUAGUGGCCAACUUCAACAGAAACAACUUGCCAGCAGAAACGGUUCCCAGGGGCAUCACUGAAAAUCAGUCACCGACCUUUCUCUCCACCGGCAACCCCUGCCUUGAUUUCUUCUUCCACGUGGUACCAGAUACUCCUGCUCAGGUAUUGACCGAGAGGCUCCGCCUGGCCUGGGCUCACAAUCCCUUGACUACGCUCAAGCUCAUUUCCAAUCUGCGUGGCGUGCGGGGUACAGGCAAGUCAGAUAAGGAAGGUUUAUAUACGGCGGCGUUUUGGCUGCACAAACAUCACCCGAAGACUCUUGCUUCCAACGUGGGAUCAUUGGCUGAUUUCGGGUACUUCAAGGACUUGCCGGAGAUUCUCUACAGGCUUUUGCAAGGUCCCGACGUGAGGAGCAUCCAAAAGGCCGAGUGGGAAAAGAAGAAAGGAGUUAAAAUUAGGUGCCGGAGGAGAGGAGGAGUUGGGUUUCGAUUUCUUAAGCGUACAAAGACAUCGAAGCCAUCGACCAAAAGGGUUCAAUCCACGGAGCCGAGGGAGAUUAGAGUGUUAAACGAUGUGGAGAGAGCAAAGAAAGAGAAGGAGAGAGCAAGAGUGUUGAGGGAAGAGAAGAGAAUUUCCAUGGCUAAGAAGGCUGUAGACAGAUAUAUCCAUGACCCUGAUUUUCGAUUCUUAUACGAAAAGAUCUCAGACCAUUUCGCCGAGUGUUUGAAAACCGAUAUCGAGAAUUUGAUCAAUUGUAAAGUCAAGCAUAAAAAGUUUAGUCUGGCAGCCAAAUGGUGUCCUUCUCUCGAUUCUUCUUUCGAUCGUUCGACCCUGCUCUGCGAGAGCAUUGCUAAGAAGGUGUUUCCGCGUGAAUCGUACCCUGAAUAUGAAGGCGUUGAGGAAGCCCAUUACGCAUACAGAGUCCGAGACCGGUUAAGGAAGGAGGUGCUUGUUCCUUUGAGGAAGGCCUUGGAGUUGCCUGAGGUUUACAUAGGCGCCAAUCAAUGGAACUCCAUCCCAUAUAGCCGCGUGGCUUCAGUAGCCAUGAAAUUUUACAAAGACAAGUUUUUGAAGCACGACGGCGAAAGGUUUAGCAAGUACUUGGAGGAUGUGAAACAGGGCAAGUCCAAGAUCUCUGCCGGAGCUCUUCUUCCCCACGAUAUCAUUAACUCACUCCACGAUGGCAACGAUGGUGGCCAAGUCGCCGAGCUUCAAUGGAAGAGAAUGGUGGAAGAUUUGUCUAAAGAAGGCAAGUUGAAAAACAGCCUUGCAGUAUCUGAUGUCUCCGGAAGCAUGAGCGGUACUCCCAUGGAGGUCUCUAUUGCAUUGGGAUUGCUGGUCUCGGAACUGAGCGAUGAGCCUUGGAAAGGAAAGAUCAUCACUUUCAGCGAGUUCCCACAACUGCACAUCAUCGAAGGCGACGAUCUUGAGUCCAAGACUAACUUCGUGAGAACAAUGGACUGGGGAAUGAACACUGAUUUUCAGAAAGUGUUUGAUCAAAUUCUGCAAGUGGCGGAGAAUGGAAAGCUGAGAGCGGAAGACAUGGUGAAGAGGGUGUUUGUGUUUAGUGACAUGGAGUUUGACCAAGCAUGUCUGAAUAGCUGGGAGACGGACUACGAGGUGAUAAGGAGGAAGUUUAGGGAGAAAGGGUAUGAGAAAGCCGUGCCGGAGAUUGUGUUCUGGAACUUGAGGGACUCAAGGUCGACGCCGGUGAUGGGGAGCCAGAAAGGGGUGGGUUUGGUGAGUGGGUUCUCCAAGAAUUUAAUGAAGAUGUUUUUGGAUAACAGUGGUGAGAUUGAUCCAGAGGGCAUAAUGGAGGUUGCCAUAUCCGGGGAAGAGUACCAGAAACUGGUAGUCGUGGAUUAAAUUGAUGUGUAUAUUUUGGCGUUGAAAUGAACUAAAUACAAAUAUUAUAUAAAAUGGAUAUUUCUCUUUAA